AUGACAGAGAAACAAGAAGGAACCGGUAAUGGGUUUAAGGAGAAGCCAAUAGAUAGAAAAGAAUCAAAUCAGAUCGCUAGCGAUCCCAGGGAGGAGGAUACUAACAGAGAAAUUGGAGACGGCACCAGGGAAACUGAAUCCACCGAGAAUGGAACUAGCAAAAAUCAGCAAAAUGAUACAUUGAGAGGUGAGAAAACAAACAGCGUGGCUGCUUCUGAUGAAACUCCCAAUGAUAAUGAGUCGACACGAAAUGACAACAAUUUAGAAACCAACAAUGUCAACGUAACUAUCGUACAAUCAACACCGGUAGGGACAGCCGCCAGUAGUCCAAUUGUUUCCCAGUCCCCGGCAAAUGCUAAUCACAGACGACAAACCUCGGUGUUGUCAUUCGCUUCCAGUGCAACUGUGGAUAACUCACAGAUUUUCAAGAAAAGCUUCGAUUCUAUAUUGGAGUCUAAAGAAGCGAAAAAAAACGAGCAACUUAGAGCUUCAAUACAGCGUGCACUUGAUUAUUUGAACAGAACCGAAGAGAAAGAGCCAUACGUUAUAUUCAAUGCGCUAAAAGCUUGCUGCGAUACCAAUAGUAUUGAGUUAAAGUCGAAAGCAGUCGAUUUAUUUGCAAAACUAUUUGAUUACACUCAAUUUGAUGAUACAUUGGAGAAAAAGAAGCUCACUGAUGACUCGGUGAAUGUUAUUUCAUCCUGUUUUGAAGGUGAAGGAACAGAUCCAGAGUUGGAGUUGCAGGUAGUUAGGGCGUUAAUGCACUCGAUACUUUUGAUGCCAUGUCACGGAGCAUCAUUAUUGCAAGCGGUAAGACAAAUCUACAAUGUGUUUAUCUUCUCCUUAACAGCUAGAAACCAGGCCAUUGCCCAAGGAAUCUUGACACAAGUGAUUGGGGCAAUUUUUUCUCGAGUUGAAGAGUCGAGAAAGUCUCGAAGUCAAAGCACAAACGCUUCAAAGUUGAAUUUUGAAUCCAUUGAAAAUGUGAACCUUCCAGACGAUAAAGAAGAGGAGAGAUUAACGUUGUCGCAGUUGGAAAGAAUUAACGAUUCCUUAAACGACAACGAUAGAGUGAAUGAAGCAAAUAGUGCCACAGAAGAUGACCAGGACUUGGAGGUGAAAGAUGCAUUUUUGGUAUUUAGAGCUAUGUGUAAGCUCUCUAUCAAAACUUUAGACUCCACUACAAUUGACAUGAAGUCACACUCAGUGAGAUCAAAACUUUUGUCACUACACAUCAUUCACACUAUACUCAAAGAGCAUAUCGAGAUCUUUUUGAGCCACGAUGUGGUAAUUUUAUCACCAAAUGCUAACGAAAAAGUGCGAUUGAUAAAUGCCGUGAGACAAUACAUCAAUUUAGCAUUAUCUAAAAAUGCUGCAUCCGAUUUAGCUCCAGUGUUUGAGUUAUCAUUGGAGAUUUUCUGGAUAAUCAUCUCCAAUUUGCGAUCCGAGUUCAAGAGAGAGAUUCCUGUGUUUUGGGAUGAAAUUUAUUUCCCAGUUGCUGAAAUGAAGACUUCGAGUCCUCACCAAAAGCGUUACUUAUUGGCGAUCAUCGAAAGGAUUUGUAAUGAUUCUAGAUGCAUUAUUGAAUUCUAUCUCAACUACGAUUGCGACAGCAAUAUGCCUAAUAUGUGCGAAAAGAUUAUUGAUUACUUGACCAAACUUUCAUUACAACGCGUGGAGGUCACGCCUCAACAAAAACUCGCUUUCAGGGAAAACAGGAGGAACGGUAUAGCAGUUUAUGAUGUUGGCAAAGUGGCAAACUUGACAAGCAGCACAAUGUCAUCCAAGCCACCAGAGCCAACUGUUUAUUCGUUGUUUCCUUUGGAGUAUGCUCUAAAGAUGACAUCAAUCAGCUGCUCAGUUGCUUUCUUGCGUUCGUUACAUUCAUGGGCACAAAAGGGUAUGCUGAAUUCCAAUAAAUUGAGUAUAAUGGAACAAGGUAGUGACUCAUACUUGUCAUUGAAUCGUAAUCGUUCCGAUUCGAAUAAUACCUCGCUGAAUGUCACAAGAAAUACCUCGUUCGUCAAUGGCGAUGACUUGAACAAAACAGAGACCGAUAAAAUUGAACAAUUUGAAAACCAGAAACAAAGAAAGAAGAUUCUACUUGAGGGAAUCAAGCAGUUCAACCAAAAGGCCAAAAAAGGAAUCAGGUAUUUUAUAGACAAGGGGUUCAUCAAGUCGGAUUCUCCCGAGGACAUCGCAAGGUUUCUUUUGGAAACUGAUGGCCUCGACAAGGCUACCAUCGGUGAAUAUCUUGGUGAAGGUGAUGAUAAAAAUAUUUCCAUCAUGCACGCAUUUGUGGAUCAGAUGGAUUUUGAAAAUGCCGAGUUCGUUGAUGCAAUGAGGCGAUUCUUGCAAUCCUUCAGGUUACCAGGAGAAGCGCAAAAGAUUGAUCGAUUCUUGUUAAAGUUUGCCGAACGUUAUGUCAAGGGAAACCCCCGAAUUUUUGCAAACGCUGACACAGCAUACGUACUAGGGUACUCCGUGAUUAUGCUCAAUACUGAUCUUCACUCGCCCCAAAUUAAAAAUAGGAUGAAUCUUGAUAAUUUUGUGAUGAACAAUUCAGGUAUAGAUGAUGGAAAGGAUUUACCUAGAGACUUGUUACAGAGGAUAUAUGACGAAAUUUUGAAUAAUGAGAUUAAGUUGCAAUCUGAACAACACGCUGCCCUCAUUGCAGGUGACAUACAAAUCGCCCCAUCUUCUCAGUCUAUUGGGUUCUUUGGAGGCCGUGAUCUAGCUCGUGAAGCUUAUAUGUUCGCGUCAAAAGAAAUGUCAACGAAAACCGAAAAAUUGAUGAAAAGUCUAGGAAAGAAAGCCAAAGUUGACGACCAAGAUGUCAUGUUUUACGCAGCUACCAGUGUUUUACACGUGAAGUCUAUCUUUGAUACGUUAUGGAUGUCAAUACUAGCAGGAUUAACGCCUCCCUUCAAAGAAUAUGACGAUGAUGUAGUCACAAAGGCUUGUUUGGAGGGAAUCAAGUUGUCAAUUCGUAUUGCCUGCAUGUUCGACUUGGACUAUGCAAGAGCAUCAUUUAUAGGUGCCUUAGUUCAAUUCCAAAAUUUGAGCAACUUUGAGGAGAUGAAACAAAAGAAUGUUGACGCCAUUUAUAUUAUGUUGGACUUGGCUGUCUCAGAGGGUGAUCACUUGGGUGCUGCAUGGAACCAAAUAUUGACAUCUAUUUCCCAAAUUGAACGAUUACAAUUGAUUGCACAAGGAGUGGACCAGGAUUCCAUACCUGACGUUACAACUUCUAAGCUCAUAACCCGAGGAUCUACAGAGAGCACAAGGACAAGCACAAGUUUCUUUGGCUCAUUUACAUCACAAACUCCUGCACAAUCUGCUGCAAGUAAGUUUCAUAAUCAGCAUCUUUCUCCCGAGGUUGCGAGAUUAUUAGUCAAGACUGAUUUAGAAGUGGCAAUCGAUAAAGUAUUCACCAAUAGUGCUAAUUUGAACGGAGGCAGUAUUGUUGAUUUUGUCAAAGCAUUAUCCGAGGUUGCCAAGGGUGAGAUAGAUUCAUCAGGACAAAGUGCCAACCCAAGAACGUUUUCCUUACAGAAGUUUGUUGAUAUUUGUUAUUACAACAUGAAUAGAAUUCGUUUGGAGUGGUCACAACUUUGGGCAACUAUGGGCGAAACAUUUAAUGCAUUAGGGUGUCAUUCGAAUCCGUCGAUUCUGUUUUUUGCAUUGGACUCGUUGAGGCAACUUUCGAUGAGGUUUUUUGAAAUUGAAGAGUUGGCAAACUUUAAAUUCCAGAAGCAAUUUCUUAAACCGUUUGAGUAUGUGAUCAUACAUAAUCGAUCGUUAGAAGUAAAAGACAUGGUGCUUGAAUGUAUCAACAACAUGAUACUAGCCAGGGCUUCCCAAAUCAAGUCGGGUUGGAAAACUAUAUUCAAUGUUCUUACAGCUGCCGCAAAAGAAAACAAGGAAGCCUUGGUGACGAAGAGCUAUAAAAUGGCCAUUUGGAUUAACAAAGAGUAUGUUGAAGAAGUGAAAAGGCAGGACUCAUUUUCAGAUUUGGUUGUUUGUUUUACUACAUUGACCAAGAAUGAAAAGUAUCAAAGAAUUAGUUUAUUGUCGCUAGAUGUUUUAUCAAAGUUGAUUCAUGAAAUUGCACAAUACAGCUUGUUUGACAAAGACAAUGACUAUGCCGAUCAUCCUGACCGGGGUGAGUCAUUACAGAAGCUUUGGUUCCCUGUUUUGCUUGGUUUUUAUGACAUCAUCAUGACUGGCGAAGAGUUAGAAGUAAGGUCAAGAGCGUUGAACAAUUUGUUUGACUUGAUCAUGAAAUACGGAAAGUACUUUGAUCAAGAUUUUUGGAAUAUGAUUAGUCGUGAGUUGUUAUUCCCCAUGUUCCAAGUUUUAGGUAAUCAUUGGGAAUUGAGUUUAGAUGAGUUGAACGAUAAUUUAUCGGUGUGGUUAUCCACUACACUUAUCCAAGCCUUGAAAAGUAUGAUCAACUUAUUUACAAACUAUUUUACAGAGUUGAGUCAUAUGUUGAAUGAGUAUUUGAAGUUGAUCAUAUCAUGUAUUUGCCAAGAGAAUGAUACCAUUGCAAGAAUAGGACGCGAAUGUCUCACCACGUUGUUGAUUGACAAUGCAUCCAAGUUUAAUACCACACAAUGGGACGAAAUAUCGGAAGCGUUUGCAAGUUUAUUUGAACUCACCACUGCCAAAGAAUUAUUUACAUUGGAUCCAUUAUAUGAAGGAAAUGAGGAUAGUCUCUCGAUUACUGGAAAUGGAGAUGAGGACUCCACUUUGAAGAAAGAGCUACUCGAUGACAAUGAGGUUAGAUUGAAAAAAUCCAGAGAAAAGUCUUCAAUAGUUGUAAAGAGUGUUUUGCAAUUGCUUUUGAUUCAGACGUUGUCGGAGUUGUUCGAAAAUGAUUCGUUUUACGAUAGCAUUCCGUUUGACCAGUUAGCAAAGUUGGCAGAUUAUUUGAAUAGUUCUUACCAAUUCGCAAAAUCAUUCAAUGACAACUAUGAUUUGAGGGUUCGGUUGUGGAAUGCUGGAGUUAUAGAGCGAUUGCCAAAUCUCUUAAAGCAAGAGUCAUCAUCGUCCGCAGUCUACAUCAAUAUAAUGUUUCGCUUGUACUGUGAUGACGAAAAAGUAUCACCAGGGGACAAGAAGACGAUUUUAACGAAAUUGCAUGCAUUAUGUGUUUCUAUUGUUGAGAAUUACUUGAAAUUUGAUGAGACUAAUCAACAAAGAAAUAUUAGUACUUGGAAGCCAGUUAUCAUCGAAAUUUAUGAAGGGUAUGUCGAGUUGGAUGAUGGGGAUUUCAAAAAUUAUGGUCCUGCUAUGUAUAAGUUGAUUUUGGAUUUAAUGUCGAAGAAUUUGGCGAGUGACUUGAGAGUUGCAAUUAGAGCAUUUUUAGCAAGGAUCGGUGUUGAUUUCCUAAAGAUUUAG